AUGACUUCCAAGAACUUGAAGAAAAACCUCACUUCUUCGGCCAUCAAGCAGGCCAACUUGUACAAGUUCCAGUCACAAUUGCCCAAGUUGCCAGUGCCUGCUCUUCAGGAUACUGCCUCUAAGUACUUGAGAUCCGUUGAGCCGUUCCUCUCCAAGUCCCAGCUUUCCGAAACCACCCAGAAGGUCCAGAACUUCCUCAAAUCCGGUGAAGGAGAAAAGUUGCAAGACCGUUUGGUCAAAUUUGCUGAAGGCAAAGAUAAUUGGUUGGCAGAGUACUGGGACGACUAUGCUUACAUGUCCUACAGAGACCCUGUUGUUCCCUACGUUUCGUAUUUCUUCUCUCACAAGGAUAUUCACAACCAGAUUGGCCAGGACCAGUUGUUGAAGGCUACCUUGCUUGCGUACUACACAAUAGAAUUUAUGGUUGAAGUCCAGAAUGAGACUUUGGAGCCAGAGGUUAUCAAGGGUAACCCCUUCUGUAUGAACGCUUUCAGAUACAUGUUCAACAAUUCGAGAGUUCCAGCUGAAGGCUCAGAUAUCACCAAGCAAUACGAUGGAGCUUCAAACCGUUUCUUCAUUGUCAUCUACAAUAACAACUUCUUCAAAGUUCCUACCCACGGAGCUGACGGCAAGCCCUUGUCCAAGUCUCAAUUGUACCAGCAAUUGCAAUUGGUCAAGAAUGAUCCUACUCCAGCCGGCGUUCCAGUUGGAGCUUUGACUUCGUUGAACAGAGACGAGUAUUUGUCUGCCUAUCAGACAUUGCUCAAGUCUCCUAUCAACGAAUUGCUGUUGGAAACCAUCUUCGCCUCCUCGUUUGUAAUUGCUUUGGAUAAACACACUCCUAUCACCAUCGAAGAAAAGUCCAAGAACUGCUGGCACGGGGACGGGCAGAACCGUUUCUUCGACAAGCCCUUGGAGUUCUUUGUUUCUGCCAACGGUAACUCUGGAUUCUUGGGAGAACACUCGAGAAUGGACGCUACCCCAACUGUCCAGUUGAACAACACUGUCUACAAGAAGAUCACCGAAGAAGACCCCAAGGCUUUGUUGCAGGAAAUCGCUGCUGGUCCGGUUGAAAUCGCCAAGACUGAGUUGUUGGAGUUCGACCUUAACCCAACCUCAAGAGCCAACAUUGCUACUGCCGUUGAAAAAUUCGACAAGACUAUCGCAGCUCACCACGAGGAAAUCUUCCAGCACUACGGCUACGGUAAGGGCUUGAUUAAGAAGUUCAAGGUAUCGCCAGAUGCUUACGUUCAAUUGUUGAUGCAAUUGGCCUACUACAAAUUAACUGGAAAAGUCAGACCAACCUACGAAUCGGCUGCUACCAGAAAGUUCUUGAAGGGUAGAACCGAAACAGGUAGAAGUGUUUCUAUCGAAUCCAAGGCCUUCGUAGAAACCUGGACUAACCCAGAUGCCUCAAUUGAGCAAAAGGUAGAAAGCUUCCAGAAGGCUGCCAAGCAGCAUGUCGCCUACUUGUCGGAAGCAGCCGAUGGUAAAGGUGUAGACCGUCACUUGUUUGGUUUGAAGCAGAUGUUGCAGCCAGGCGAAAAAGUGCCAGAAAUCUUUACAGACCCAAUCUUCUCGUACUCGCAAACAUGGUACAUUUCUUCGUCGCAGAUUCCUUCCGAAUACUUCCAAUCUUGGGGUUGGUCGCAGGUUAUUGAUGAAGGUUUCGGUUUGGCAUACUUGAUCAACAACGACUGGAUCCAUGUGCACAUUUCGGCCAAGAGGGGCAAUGGCUUGAGAUCAGACCACUUGAAGUGGUUCUUGGUCGAGUCGGCUAACCAAAUGAAGGAUGUGUUGAGCAAGGGUUUGUUGGAACCACAAGCCAAGUUGUAA